GCGAAUGGCACAAUUCAUAAACAGUUACAAAACUUAGUCGGUGUUUAGUUCUUAAUAGGAGUCCUUUAGCUACGGGCACAAAUGUCGGCUUACUUAAUAAAAAAGCAUUUACUCCAAAAUAAACAGUAAAAAUACAACAAUCAAGUGUUGGUGAAAAGAUAUGAAAACAAAUCAAAAAUAAAUAAAUAAAUAAAGAAAUGUCAAAAUUUUAUUAAAUAAAUAAAAAAAGAAAACAAAACAAAAAUCGCAUUUAAAACAGAAAUAGUGUUAUAACAAGAAAUAACCAUAGGGGCGUAUGAGUGAUUUGAAAUUAACAUCUAAUAAAAAUAUAAAGCAUACGUCUAGAUGUUUUAAAAACUUUAAUAUGAUGGAAUAUAUAAUAUUCAUCAUCGUGAAUAGAGCUGGCAGCCGUAGCAGCAAUUACAAAAAUUAUAUUAACAAAACUCCAAUUAUUGCAAACAAGUAGAAGAGAUUUUAUGCAACGCGACAAAAAAAUUAAGCAGAAACUUUCAAUUGAAUAAAAUAUAUAUAGAAAUGAUCGCAUUACAAUGGUUUAAUAUCAUGAGUGGAAAAUAAAAAAAAAACAUUUAAUUACGACAAAUUAAUAUGUAUAAAACAAGUGGUGAUAAAAAAACAUGUAAAUUCUCCAAACAAAUUAAAUUGACAAAUUUAUUAUGCACAUUAUUAUGAGCAAAUAGGAAAAAAAAUGCAAAAAAAUAAAAAUAAACAGAAAUAAAUGAUAAAAUCAAAUAAACUUUACUCCAAUACUAAUAUUCAAAUAAACUUGUAUGUUUGUGUACAUUAAAAAAUCUUUAAAGAAUUAAAAAAUAUAAAGUAAAAUUAAAUAUGUGUGCAAAUAUGUUUAAAAGUUUAAUCCAUAUGACAAUGUUUGUAUUCAUAAAUUAAAUACAAUAUUAAUAACCACAAAAGGACUCCAGAUCCUGGCACACCUUAACAUAUAAAGCUACAGCAAUAAAAUAGCAGUAUCAAAUAUUUUAAAACAUAAAUAUGUUAUCAUAACAUAUAUGUCAGUGUAUUUAAAUGAUUAUUAAAAUAAUUAUAAUAAGAAUAAUGCUUAUGAAUAAAUAAAUGAAGAUUAAAAGCACUUAUAAAACAGCUGUAGUUCAUAAUUAAACCUAUAUUAAACAAAAAUUAUUAAGUAAAUAAUUAAUAAAACAUAAAUUAAUUGAAUAAAGUGCACAACUUUUUAUAUAUGUCAUAAUUAAAAAAGUUAAAUCGAUUCUCUUAACAAUAUAUUCGUAUGUAAAACAAUUAAAUAACAUUAUCGGCAAAAUUGGGAUUCAACAUUUGUGAAAAACUUGUCUAUCUACCGGAUCGCGCUUAAUUUUAUUUGUCAACAAAUAUAAAGGAGCAACCAACAUGGCGUCCAUUAAGCUGUUUAUUAUUGUUGUAUCAUUUUCUGUGUUAUUUACAAAGGCUGAUGAAUCAAUUGAUACACGUGAAGGUGCAGAUUUAAUACUUAAAUGUAGGUUUACUGAACACUACGAUUCAAAAGAUUUUACAUUCUAUUGGGCACGAUGGACUUGUUGUCCCACACAAUUUGAGAAUGUUGCCAUUGGAGACGUUCAAUUAAAUUCGAAUUAUAGAUUGGACUUUCGCCCGAGUCGUGGUAUUUAUGACUUGCAAAUUAAAAAUACAUCAUACAAUCGCGACAAUGGACGUUUCGAGUGUCGCAUCAAGGCCAAAGGUACAGGUGCAGAUGUACAUCAAGAAUUUUACAAUUUGACAGUUCUGACACCACCCCAUCUGCCUAUAAUAUCACCCGGCAAUAUUGCUGUUGCUACCGAAGACAAACCGCUCGAAUUGACGUGCAGCAGUAUUGGCGGUUCGCCAGAUCCAAUGAUAACCUGGUUUCGUGAGGGCAGUACGGUUCCAUUACAGUCGUACAUUUUGAAAGGCGGUUCGAAGAAUCAUUAUACAAAUGCCACGUUGCAGAUAUUACCAAGGCGGGUUGAUGAUGGCGCCAAAUACAAAUGCGUCGUUUGGAAUCGUGCCAUGACCGAGGGUCAUACACUGGAAACAACUGUCGCCCUGAAUGUGAACUAUUAUCCACGUGUUGAGGUAGGUCCGCAAAAUCCCUUGCGUGUUGAACGUGAUCAUGUCGCUAAAUUGGAUUGUCGUGUCGAUGCAAAACCGAUGGUCUCAAAUGUAAGAUGGACCCGAAAUGGUCAGUAUGUUAGCACAACGCCUACUUACACCAUAUAUCGGGUAAAUCAUAACCAUGCUGGAAAAUACACAUGCACUGCUGAUAAUGGUUUAGGUAAGACUGGUGAAAAAGAUCUGGUUCUCGAGGUUUUGUAUCCACCAAUUGUAAUAAUUGAGACUAAGACACACGAAGCUGAGGAAGGCGAAACUGUAUUGGUACGUUGCAAUGUUACCGCCAAUCCGCCGCCUAUAACUAUAGAAUGGUUAAAGGAAGGGGCUUCAGAUUUUCGUUUCAUGGGCGAACUCUUAACCUUAGUGUCUGUGAGGGCAGAACAUGCAGGCAACUAUAUUUGUCGAGCUGUCAAUCUUAUGCAACCCUUUGGCACCAAGAGAGUAGAAGGCGUAGGAAAUUCCACGGUUGCCCUGUUAGUACGUCACAGACCAGGUCAGGCCUACAUUACACCCAAUAAGCCGGUGGUACAUGUGGGUAAUGGCGUGACCCUAAGUUGCUCGGCAAGUCCUCCAGGUUGGCCAGUACCGCAAUAUCGUUGGUUCCGUGACAUGGAUGGAGAGUUUAGCAAUACGCAAAAGAUUCUAGCUCAAGGGCCUCAGUAUUCCAUACCCAAAGCCCAUUUAGGUAGUGAGGGUAAAUAUCAUUGUCAUGCUGUCAAUGAAUUGGGUAUUGGAAAAAUGGCCACCAUAACACUUGAAGUACAUCAACCACCACAGUUCCUAGCCAAAUUACAGCAACAUAUGACGCGUCGAGUAGGUGAUGUAGAUUAUGCCGUGACGUGCAGUGCUAAAGCGAAGCCGGCUCCCAUUAUAAGAUGGAUAAAAGAUGGCACUGAAAUACUGCCAGGACGCAAAAUGUUUGACAUACGCACUACUCCCACCGAAACCGCGAAUGGUGUGGUCACAGUUCAAAGUAUACUAAAAUUUAGAGGCAAAGGACGUCCGAAUGGCAAUCAAUUGGUACCAGCUGACCGUGGUCUCUAUACAUGUCUUUAUGAAAAUGAAGUUAACUCUGCCAAUUCUAGCAUGCACUUACGCAUUGAACACGAACCAAUAGUCUUGCAUCAAUACAACAAAGUGGCUUAUGAUGUGCGUGAAUCGGCUGAAGUUAUUUGUAAAGUGCAGGCAUAUCCCAAGCCAGAAUUCCAAUGGCAGUUAGGUAACAAUCCAUCACCUUUAACUAUGUCAUCAGAUGGUCACUAUGAGAUUAGCACUAGAGUAGACAACAAUGAUAUUUACACAUCGAUAUUGAGGAUUAAUCAUCUUUCACACUCUGAUUAUGGUGACUAUGCUUGCCGAGCCGUAAAUCCUCUAGACGCUAUACGUACACAAAUACGUCUGCAACCCAAGGGACCACCAGAAAGACCGACAAACCUUAAAGUAUUAGAAACUGCACAUAAUUUCGUCAUACUCAGCUGGAUACCGGGUUUUAAUGGUGGCAUGUUAAGCACCAAAUUCUUGGUAACUUAUCGCAGAGUACCCACACCUCGUGAACAGUUGCUGUCGGAUUGUGGAGCUGUACAUACUUUUGCGUCCAGCAGUGGCAUGAGUUCUCCUGAAUGGCUGGAAUUUGAUUGUUUUCGUGAUAAUCCUUGUAAAGUUGCACCGCUGGAUCAACAUCAAUCGUACAUGUUUAAAAUCUACGCCCUUAAUGCCAAAGGCAGCUCAGGCUACUCCAACGAAGUGUUGGCCACAACAAAAGUUAGCAAAAUACCUCCACCCCUACAUGUCACGUAUGAUCCAAAUUCUCAUAUUGUUGGCAUUAAUGUUGCUGCAACUUGUCUUUCACUAAUUGCAAUUGUCGAAUCGCUAGUCAACCGUGCAUCACCCAUGGCCACAUGGGAAAUUGUUGAUACUGUAACAUUGCUGCCUUCCGGCAACGAAGCCACAUUUAAAGAAACAACUAUUAAUCAUAUAACACAAAGAACGCACUAUAGUAUGACAGGCGGGAGGUCGAUGAGUCAUGCUGAGGAUAUAACAUUGGCAUUGGCGGAAAAUAAGCAGGGUCCAUCGGUGCGUGUCAAACUGUGUUUGCGUUCUAAUCAUGAUCAUUGCGGAGAAUACACAAAUGCUGAAAUUGGAAAAUCAUAUCUGCCUGAAACGUCAAGUUUAACAACAUCUACUAUAGUGGCGAUUGUUAUAGCAACCGUUGCAUUUCUGCUCUUUGCUGCCUUCUCGAUAAUGUUGUGUCGCUGUAGGCGUUCAACAACAUCUGCAAAGAAAUCUGCCACAAAUACUGCCAAAGAAUACGACCUAGAUUCGGGUCGACCAUCGAUUGUUGCCCAAACCAGUGGACAACAGCCACCACCGCCACCCUAUUAUCCCACAGGCAGUUUAGAUAGUAAAACUCUUGACGCUCAUGCCAUGGAGUUGACACACACUGCCGUCCAGGAUAGCGACGACCAAUUGCUCCAUCAACAACAGCAACUGCAGCAGCAACAAACACAAUGUUCCAACCAAAAGUCUUCAGCGAAUUCAUUAUAUGGCACACAAAACGGAUACGGUUAUCAUAUGACAAGUGCCAUUGGUGUCGAAGGGGACAGCUAUCAAGUGAUACCAUCGUCCGGACUUCAUACAUUAGCAGGCGGCACAGAGUGGUCAUCAAUGCAUUAUCCAACGUCCGAAAAUAAUUACACAAAUUCAAAUAGUAUAUCGGCCAGUAUUGGUAGUAAUCAGGAUACACUGUGGCGCAUGAAAAUGUCAGCAGCUGCUGCACAUGCAGCUGCCUCUAUGCAACAGCAACAACAUCAGCAGCAACAUCCGGCAACACAAAUUUAUAUUGAAAGACCACCAUCUGCAUUCAGUAGCUGUGGUGGUGGCAGUGAUCCGCUAACACAGUAUGUUGUCGAUUAUGUCGGAUAUCCGGUGCCACCACCGCCGCAUAUAACAUCGGUGGCAGCAUCCGGCAGUCAACACAGUUUUCAAAGUAGCAGCCACAAUACGUCAAGUAUAGCAACCACCACCUCAAACUCGACCACCUCCAGCUCAACGGGUAGCAGUAAUAGUAACCAAAGAUAUGAAAAGAAAAUCCCCGAAUCAACAACAUCAUCAUCACCAUCCCAGCAACAACAACAGCAGAGAAGUCAUCCUCACCAACCCCCACAACCCACCCAACGAUAUGGCACAUUGAAAAAAUCCAAACAUCAUACGCAGCAACAUUCAAAUACAACAGCAAUAACAACGGACCAACAAUUGGCUGAUAUUAUACAAGAUGUGGAAAAUUAGAAAAAAACUUGAAACAAAAUAAAAGUUUUUUUUUUUAAACACGAGCUGUUAACGACUUAAUAUGGUAAGAAAUAAAGAAAAACAUUAC